CCCAGCAAUCAACCGCGAUAUGGUACUUGUGCAGCCUUCUGGCUUGAGGCAAAGAAUCCCAAACCUUCUGAUGGCUCUUGUCCUUUCAAACUUAUGAGUCUGCAACAAGGCGAUUAUAAUCCGUUGAUUCAGACCCUUGGUACGGAAGGUCACGCCCUGAUCAAACCUGACUAUGGUCUUUGCUAUUUCGUGGAUGUUACGGAUGGUUGCCCUAAUGGCCCUCAUGCCAACAACGACUUCUUUCAAAUCAAGAGCGAUAAGUUCCCAGAUCGUAAGAAAGAAUAUGGGUGGUUCUGUCCGCGCAAGGGAGAUCCUCCCUCGCUCAACCCACCACGUGCGAUUCCAGAGUGGACAGCAACGUGGUGGGACAGUACAAAGCAUAUGUGUGACUUCGUCCCGGAUCUAGCAACCAAUCUCGAACCCGAAUACGCCUGCGAUGCUUGGUGGUUGGAGCUGAAAGAUUCCCCUCCAACUGAUGGUUCUUGUCCUCUGAAGUUGAUGAGUCGGCGGAAAUCCGGUAAUUUACCACAAUAUGAACUCCCUGGCGAGUCCAGCCUGGUAAAAGAUCCAAUCUACGACGAUUGCUACUUCAUCAAAAGCACACCCGAAUGUAUGCAAGGUCAGGGUGAUAUCAAGGACAAGUAUUUCCAGGUGUCCGACGGGCAUGAAGCGACGCGUGGUCACGGUUGGUUUUGUCCGCGCAAGACAGAUGACAAAAGUCUGAAUCCACAAAACGCACUUCCUUUGUGGUCUGGCUAUUGGAUAGCUGGUCUUGACGCUGUAUGUCCGCUCGAAGCAUUUGGAAAGAGCGCUGUUCUUCAGUUUGGCACUUGCUGGGCUCAGUGGCUAGAGGCAGACACUACGAAUAAGGACAUUUGCUCAUUGAAGGUAAGGCAUCGCGGCAGCAAUUCAGAAAUGCCUGCUUUACAAGACGCCUGGGGCACAAUUCAGCAAUACCGUUGGGACAAGUGCUACUUCAUUGAGUCAGACAGUGCCUGUCCUUUUGCAACCCAGAGUAACAAACUCUUUGAGUUCACUCAAGCGCUUUCCUCAGAUGGGAAAAAGCAACGGCUUUCUCUAGAUGGAAAGGCUUAUUGGCUGUUCUGCCCUGCGCUUGAAGACAAACGUGGAGUCGAGCCUCACGAGAAAUAUUGGACACCACCAAUAGCGAAAGCCGUCGAAACAUGGACGGCGCAUUGGAUCGACGCACAAACUGAAGCACCUUGCUUGCUGACUCUGGACAAGGUUAAGGCGCAUUGACGAGUCCUCGUGACGCUGAUUUUGCAUUCAUGCUUGGAUCUCUACCAAUCUCGUUGUUUCUGACGAGACUGAUUUCUCUGCUUUGCGUUCACCGUGCUUUGAACUGUUUUCUCACUUGAUUGAGUCAGAAGAAAAAAGAAAAAAGAAAAAAGAAAUUCAAUCUUAGCAUAGUUCUAAUCUUCUCAUCCUCUGUACUUUCAAGACUGAGUAUUUUCUAGGUGUGUUCAUAG